AUGGAAUUGGAAUCGACGCAAGAGACCAAUCGUGUAUGGAUGCUUGUAAUGCCCUCUCUCCUACCAGUCUUCUCUUGCCUCUCUCCAUUUCGGAGAUUCAAAGACUCGGAAGAGAAAAGAGAAGAAUUAUAUGGAAAUUUAAAGCUAGAUAAGUCUCUUGGAUGGGCUGUUGAUGUCAUUGGUCCUAGGGAGCUCUCUGCUAAGAUGCUCGCUAAAAACAAGAUCACUUUAAAUGAGAUCUCACAUAACUAUGCUAUGGGACUUAUCAAACAGGUUCUAGACAUGGGAGUACUUCUAACAGAGGUAACCUUGUGA